AUGAGCAAUUUCUCCCAACCCCCUCAGAAGGUCGACGGACUAGCACCGUUUACAUUCUCCAUACCUAAGGAGGAGAUUGACGCUUUGAACACGCUUCUCAAACGGCCUCUACCCAUAGCCACCUGGGAGAAUAGCCAAGAGGACGGCCGCUUCGGCGUCAGUCGCGACUGGUUCACGAAAGCCAUUUCCCAAUGGCAAUCAUAUGACUGGCAAUACCAGGAGGGCAUCAACAAUGUUCCCAACUUCAAGGUCCCAGUUGAAGAUGAGGGUGAGACGUACGAGGUCCAUUUUGCGGGGCUUUUCUCGCAGAAAAAGGACGCAACGCCUAUCAUGCUGAGUCACGGAUGGCCUGGCUCAUUUCUUGAGUUCCUGCCCAUCUUGGGCAAGGUCCAGAAACAAUACGCCGCUGACCCGGCGUCGCUGCCAUACCACCUUAUUGUUCCCUCCGUGCCGGGCUACGGAUUCACUAAAAUCUCCGUCAACAAAGAUAUGACAAUGGUUGACGUCUCCCGCAUUCUGAAUAAGUUUAUGAUCAAGCUUGGAUUCAACAAAUACGUCGCCCAGGGAGGCGAUGUCGGUUCUAUGAUCACGAAGACUGUCUUGGAGGAGUACGAUGAGUGUAUCGCCGGGCAUGUCAAUAUGCUCACUUUGAAUCCACCUCAGGGCGAGGGCAUUGCUCCACCCACAGAGAAAGAGCAGCAGCUCCUUGAGAGGAGCGCCAAGUUCUGGGAAUCAGGUGCGGCUUAUGCUAUGCUGCACGGGACCAAACCAGCCACAGCUGGCUUAGCUAUUGGGAGCAGCCCACAGGCCUUACUGGCAUGGAUUGGCGAGAAGAUGAUUGCCUGGUCAGAUGAGUCACCAUCUGUGGAGACAAUCCUCGGUAAUGUCUCCCUGUACUGGUUCACGGGAUGUUACCCAUCUUCAAUCUGGCCAUACCGCGAGCUCUUGGGCCCAAAUGCCAAGAGUCGCGCUUCCAGAGGCACCGUGGACAAGAUCAAGAAGCCGUUCGGCUACUCAUGGUUCCAGUACGAGUUGGCCGGCACGCCAAAAAGCUGGAGUGAUGCCACUGGAAAAGUGUCUUUCUACAAAUCUCACGACCAGGGAGGGCACUUUGCUGCUCUGGAGAAGCCUGAUGCUCUUUGGCAGGACAUUGUCGAGUUCGUGGAUCAUGUUCAUACCACAAGGAAGUAA